AUAUCUUAUACACAACACCAACAUCAUUUCCAAUGCUCGCCCAAUAACCCGAGCCCGAUUCUCUUAGCAUCCAACGUUUAUUCUCUCCAACAGGCAACCUCUCUCGUCCUCUUUUGGCGACCCCAAUCCCCCUCCGCAUAACAGAACCACCCUCCGCCCCGAUUCCACGGGACUGUACGCAGACACUGCCUACAGUACCGCAGCGAUUUUGAGAAAACACCUUCACGAUUUCUCAACCAGUCAUCAACCCGACCCAGCGUAUGCAAGAUGGUGGCCAAGAUAUUCACCCCCGAAGUGGUCAAGGACCCGUGCACCCAGGCCCAGGCUCAGACACCCAGCUCCAAACUCCUGCGUACCUCCUGUCCGCAGCCGAGGUCCUUCGGGGGCUGAACGUCGAUCCCGAUAACGGAUUGACAGAAGAAGAGGCGAGGGCCCGCGUCCAGACUGCUGGCCCAAAUGAAUUGGCGGGCGGCGGAGGCGUGAGCCCUCUCAGGAUUCUGGCUGGGCAGAUCUUCAACGCCAUGGUCUUGGUCUUGAUCAUGGGAAUGGUGGUAUCGUUUGCGAUCAAGUCGUGGAUCGAAGCUGGUGUUGUCACAGCGGUCGUCGUUAUCAAUAUCGUCGUCGGAUUCUUUCAAGAGUACAGUGCCGAGAAGACCAUGGACUCCUUGCGUUCCUUAUCUACCCCCACCGCCACGGUUAUCCGCAAUGGUCACACGGUCACGGUCCGCUCGGCAGAUAUCGCUCCCGGCGACAUUGUCGAAGUCAAGACUGGAGAUACCAUCCCCGCGGAUCUACGAUUGAUUGAGGCGAUGAACUUCGAAGCCGACGAGGCACUCCUAACCGGAGAAUCGGUCCCCGUUGCGAAGAAGGCGGACGCUACAUUCUCUCCCGACCAGGAUGUCGGUGUCGGCGACCAGCUCAACAUGGCGUUCUCCAGCAGCUCCGUCACCAAGGGCCGCGCCAAGGGUGUCGCUGUGCUGACGGGUAUGAACACGGAGAUUGGAAAGAUCGCGCAGUCUCUUCGCGGUGGUGACAGCAAGGUCCGAAAGGUCCGCCGGAACGAAGAUGGCCACGCCAAAUUCCACUACUACCUCGAAGCCGGUGCCUUGACGUUCAUGGCUCAGGUCGGAAAGUUCCUUGGUGUCAAUGUUGGAACCCCUCUGCAGCGCAAGCUGUCUUGGUUGGCCAUCUUCCUGUUCGGCAUUGCGGUCGUCUUCGCCAUCAUCUGCAUGGCCGCCAACUCGUUCAAGAACGAGCAGGCUGUCAUCCUGUAUGCCGUCGGCACCGGACUAUCCAUGAUUCCCGCCAGUCUGGUUGUCGUCUUGACGAUUACCAUGGCUGUCGGCACCAAAAUCAUGGUGUCCCGCAAUGUCAUCGUCAGAAAACUGGACUCUCUGGAAGCCCUCGGUGCCGUGACCAACAUCUGCUCCGACAAGACCGGUACCUUGACGCAGGGAAAGAUGAUCGUCAGGAAGGCCUGGGUUGCCGCCGAGGGCACGUUCGCGGUUGGCGAGACCAACACCCCGCUCGACCCCCAUGCCGCCCAGGUCAGCCUCGACAAGUCGAUGCCCCACGAGCUGGCCAAGGUCCCCAAGACCAAAGCCCAACAGGAGGCCGAGUCGCCGUGGAGGAACGCUGUCGACUUUAUCGAGAGCGGCUACGUCCAGCACUACCUGAACAUCGCAACCUUCUGCAACAUCGCUACUGUCGCCCGUCAGAAGGACGGAGAUGGAUGGGAUGCUCGAGGCGACCCCACGGAAAUCGCCAUUCAGGUGUUUACCAGCCGCUUCGAUUGGAACCGCCGCAAGUUCACGCACUCUGAGGACCCCGACUGGUCCCAGAUCGCCGAGUAUCCUUUCGACUCCGAUGUCAAGCGCAUGGCCGUCGUCUACCGUGAGCGCAACGGCAACGCCGAGAAGGGCUACCGCGACUGGGCUUUCAUGAAGGGUGCCGUCGAGAGGGUGUUGGAUGCUUGCACCCACAUCCAACUGAAGGACUCGCGGGUUCCGCUCGACGAAGAAUGGACUCGCACCACGCUCAAGAACAUGGAGGCCCUGGCUUCUCAAGGUCUUCGUGUGCUCGCGUUCGCCUCGAGGGAGUGGAUCGACCACGUUGAGGAAUGGAGCCAGCACCCCCGUGCCGAUGUCGAACGGGAAAUGACGCUCUACGGCUUGGUUGGACUCUACGAUCCGCCUCGUCCCGAGACCGCCGGUGCUGUCAGGGAGUGCCACAAGGCCGGUAUCAACGUCCACAUGUUGACUGGAGAUCACCCUCAGACGGCGCGCUCUAUCGCGGUCGACGUGGGUAUCAUCCCGAAGAACAUCGACUCGUUCGCGCCGGAUGUCAUCUCUUCCAUGGUCAUGACCGCCUCUCAGUUCGACAAGCUCACCGACCGCGAGAUCGACGACCUGCCGGUUCUUCCCCUGGUUAUUGCGCGGUGUGCGCCCAGCUCCAAGGUCCGCAUGGUCGAGGCUCUGCAUAGACGCAAGAAGUUCGUAGCCAUGACCGGCGACGGAGUCAACGACAGCCCUGCGCUCAAGCGCUCUGACGUCGGCAUCGGCAUGGGCAUGGCUGGCUCUGACGUCGCCAAGGCCGCCUCAGACAUCGUUCUCACCGACGAUAACUUCGCCAGUAUCCUCAACGCGAUCGAGGAGGGCCGGCGCACGUUCGACAACAUCAAGAAGUUCGUGCUGCACCUGCUGGCCGAGAACAUCGCGCAGGCGUGCACGCUGCUCAUCGGCCUCGCCUUCAAGGACAACACGGGGCUCUCUGUGUUCCCGCUCGCCCCCAUCGAGAUCCUCUGGAUCAUCAUCAUCACCUCCGGCUUCCCCGCAAUGGGCCUCGGCAUGGAGGUCGCCUCCGACGAUAUCAUGACGCGCCCGCCGCACGACGUCAAAGUCGGCAUCUUCACUCCCGAGGUGCUGAUCGACCUGACCGUGUACGGGCUGUACAUGUCAGCGCUGUGCCUUGCGUCCUUCACGCUCGUCGUCUUCGGCUUCGGCGACGGCCAGCUCGGCAACGACUGCAACGACCGGUACAGCGCGGACUGCGAGCUGGUAUUCCGGGCGCGCUCCACCACCUUCGUCUCGCUAACCUGGUUCGCGCUGAUCCUCGCGUGGGAAAUGGUACACAUGCGGCGCUCGUUCUUCCGCAUGGAGGGCAAGCCAAAGCACCCCUGGACCCUGUGGGCCCGCAACGUCUGGCGCAACAAGUUCCUGUUUUGGUCCGUCAUCGCCGGCUUCGUCACCGUGUUCCCCAUCAUAUACAUUCCCGGCCUCAACACUGUCGUGUUCAAGCACCGCCCUAUCUCCUGGGAGUGGGGGAUCGUGUUCAUUGGUAGCGCCCUGUUUGUGGCCGGUAUUGAGCUCUGGAAGUUUGGGAAGAGGGUCUACUUUAGGAGAUAUGGCGAGAACGCGCAUAAUCCGGAGAGGGAGCUCGGCGGCGCAACGUUCUCGAGGUAUGCGAGCUUUUCGACGUCGUUGGCUAGUGGGGAUGGCGGUGCCGAGGGAGGGGAUGUGGAGAAGCAGUAGUGCUGUAAGUGGAAGUGUGCGUGGUGAGGAGCAAUGGGAAAGACGGAGGGGGGGAGAGGGGAAAAGUUUAGUUGCUGCGGCAGAGGAGGGAGUGGAAUUGUCUUUGCUCGUUUCUAUCGUUAAUAAACUGCC